GCAGGCCCAUGGACGAGGAAGAAGGAAAGGACCGAGGACUGAGGACUGACAGAAUCUGACACCGGCGACAGAAUAAUAAAAAAAGCAGAAGGCAGGGCCGAGGCCAUUGGAGGUGCGCUCGCGCACUCUGAGCGACGGUCGAGAGGGCGUCGAUAGUGGCCGAGAUUGGUGAGAAAUGAUGGCCCGAGGCGAAGAAAAGAGAAGGCGAGCUUUAUGACGAGAUGAAUUCCUCCUACAUGUCGUCAGAGCGAGGGACAUGACGGCAGACGCAGUGCUGGAAGUUCGUGUUUGCCAUACCCAAUUAAAAAUUCCCUGCGGUCAGCUCUGAGUGGGGGUAAACUGACAGCGAGGGGAAUUCGCCUCAUCAAUCCGUUGUCGUUCUUCUUCCUCUGUCCAGAGUUCCAAUCUAAUCAUGGUAUUUGUGGCAUAGACGCUCGUCGCCCUCCUCCUGCGAGCCUAACCACGAGAGGUAUGAUGCAUCAUUCAUUUUCUUGGCUGCAGGCAGGCUUCUCCUCCUGAGGACAUGGGCCGUUGAAAAGAUUGCAUUGCGCACUCGUCUCCGGUGAUGCUGUUGAGGCUCGCGAUGUCUUCGGUCCUUUCAACUCACACGUACUGUGCCCAGGAUCCUUUAAGUACCGCACAAUCAAUAGCCCCAGCCAUUAGCUCGGCAAUUGAAGGUGCCCUUAUUUCCUUCGGCAUGAUCAGGCGGGUGGAUAGCGAGAAGGCCAUCCAUUGGACUGAAGUCCCGGAGCCCCGUCUAAAGUUGAGGCAUUCUGUUUUCUUUCAAGUGUGACAUUCGAGAAUCAAACUGGAAAAUGAUCACCUAAUUACUGACAUGUCUCGAACUCCCCAUCAGUUGAAGGUCAUCGGAACAUGAGCUCGCGUUGAACCUUUCUCGGUCUUAUCGUUUUCAUUGAAAGAUAUUUAAGGUCGAGGAGGGGAUCACGAAAAAACAAAUGCCACUUUGAAUCCGAGGGCCGCUUGCUGACCCGCAGUCGCGCCAGAGAAGUGCCAUUCAUUGCUCGAGGACAAAAAAGCUUAUCGACUAAACGUCAAACUUCACCGACAGCUUGGAGCCGGGAUUCUGCCGGAAUAAAGCCGGAAUGUGACCUGUAAGUAUGUCCAGUGCCGAUUCUUCUUGUCAAUCUCCUCGUCUGGCACCAGGCCGGUGGAUUCCGAGUAGGUUUCAGCACGACCGCCUCAAAUUUGAGGCUCUGGAAGGUGCCAACCACGGAUGUUCCCUACUCCACCCUUGCGUCAUUGCAGGAAUAUCUUCUCAUCAACCUUUCUUUGACAUUACCUCCACAGAACAGUGGCUGAAGCCUGAUUCACAACUAGCAUCGCCACACCUGUACGACUGAAUCGGUAAUCAUUCUGAUGUGAAUGCAACCAGACACGUACGGCCAUCCGGUCCAGCAAAUUAAUGGUCGGAAAGCGAGCGGGACCUUUCGUAUCAAGUGCCACUUUUUAAUUCUUUCAAACGCAGCCCCGAAUGAUGCAGCGGUGAAUCAAUGGAGCAGCAGCAGCAGCAGGGACUGAGGUGAUACAAUUCGCAAUAAGGAUAUGCGCAAGUCCACCAGUGGCAAGGUCCGUCGAAUUAGGAUCAUCCAAUCACGUCAUCAUUCCAGAAUGUGGUGAUCUCACCAGCAAAUCUGAUCGGGCCGAGCAUUCUUCCAUUCGACCGAGUCUCCAUCUGCCCAUUCUAUUAAUGUUGAAGAAUAUCGGGCACAUGUUUCGUCAUCACUGAGACGAGAGAGAUGUUUGCCUUCUGUUUGGAAAAUCAACGACCUUGUGAAUGCAGUGCAGGCUGUACUUUGAUUAAUUCAUCAUUACCACUUCGGUCGAUUAGCAGCGCAGUCGACAAAUAUAUCGUAUUCCGCCAUGAUCAUUAUUGGUGGAAUCUAUAACUCUUGUAGCAA